GUUAAGACCAGAGAAUAUUGUCUUCAAUCAAAUGUACAACGGCGACAGACACUUGUCUAAACAUUAUCUAACCAUUGACUUUCAAAACAUAUUACCAGUAUGUGUCAGGAGCUCUUACUGUUGUCUUGGAUUUUAUGAAUGAAAUUAAUACGGUUGCAAAAUAUGAAAUGAAUUCAGUGACAUGUAACAGGAAUACUAAAUGUAGAAGUUGUUCUACUAAUGAGUGGCAAUUAAACCGGGAACUCUUUAGUAGUUAAAUUUGCUACAAACAAUAAACAAGUAACAGAAAUAGUGACGAAUACUGAUGCAUCACGGAAUGAUUGUAAUACCGGUAUUUGUGCUGCUGCUAAUUCGCGGCAUUGCUGGAGGUACAGAUGACGCAAACAUGGCAACAGUUUUACGUGAGAUGUUCGAUGGCUAUGAUAAAACUCUACCUCCAAAAUAUGAUCGAGUUGGUUUUGACAAACAAGUCACUGUGAAAAUUAACAUUUUUGUCCAUUCUAUGUUUUCCCUCAGCGAGGCAAAAAUGGAGUAUUCAAUGAGUAUGUUUAUGAGAGAGCGCUGGGUAGACGAACGUUUGAAGUACAAUAACACUGUAAACAUUUCUCGAGUGGAACUGGACAAGUUUUAUUUUGAAAGUGUCUGGAUGCCAGACAUGUACAUUCUUAGUGAGAAGGAAUCUAGUUACCAUGAAGUGACUGUACCCAACAAGAUGUUACAUAUUUACCCCGACGGUACUGUACAGUACAGUGCAAAAGUGACGGGGAUAUUUUCAUGUUUGAUGUUUCUGGAGAUGUAUCCGUUUGAUACACAAACAUGCGCUCUUGAACUAGAAAGUUAUGGUCACAGUACUGAAACUAUGAAAUUUGUUUGGAACGAAAAUGCAAUAACGGCGUCUCCGGACAUAAAAUUUCCACAGUUUGAAGUAAAAAAUUACAGCCAUUACAAUUGUGAUAGAGACUAUUACGGAAUCUUUUACCCUUGUAUUGGAGUGUCGUUCAUCUUGGAAAGACAAUAUACGUAUCAUAUAAUUCAAAUUUAUAUACCGAGCAUCUUGACAGUAAUAUUGUCUUGGGUCAAUUUCUGGUUAGAUUGUACUGCUGUACCAGCCAGAAUCACACUUGGCCUACUUACAGUUCUUACCAUGACAACGCAGAGUUCUGCAGCCAGAGCAAAUUUGCCUCAAGUGUCCUAUAUAAAGGCCAUAGAUUAUUACAUGGCAGUAUGUCUGACUUUCGUAUUUCUUGGUCUUUUGGAGUUUGCCUUCGUUAAUGUAUUGACAAGAGCGGACAGCAAGCAGGACAAAAAUCAAACGAACCGUGAAGAGAUGCAGUCGAAUAAUUCAACACAUCAAUGUAAAUGCGAAAUAAAAAGCGUGAGCUCAACUUUCCAACCAUAUGAAAAGCCAACUCCUGGUAAUUUGGACACAAAGCGAUCAACAAAAUCCGGAUUCAUUCCAUUCUUGACGUCUGUGUCUAAACGCGGGAGUAUCGGUCCAAGAACUGUCGAUAAGUUUUCCAGAGUUGUCUUUCCUUUGUCCUUUAUGUUGUUCAAUUUAUUUUACUGGUCAUACUAUUUCCUUGUCGAACACAAUUUACCAGGGAGUCACUCUUAGAGACAUGAAAUGUCAAGGUUAAAAUAAUGUUAUGUAUGUCAUUUUUUAAAUUUAUAUCAAAUUUUAUGCAGUGAAUGUAUAUAAUGCUUGAAUGCUGUUACACAAAAUACAGCCGCUGUAAAAGUUGUGAACGUACUGUUUGAAAUUAAAACUGUAAACAAAAUGUUACCACUUGUUAUGCAAUAAUUAUCAAUGUGUAAUUUGUAAUCGCAGAGUGUAAAAGUAAAAAUGGAAAGUGGUAAAUAGAGGAUAUUACUUGAGGUUUUUUUUUUUCAUACGAGUUGAAUAAAAUAAUAAAAGCGAGGCUUUGUUGAACAUUUUAUCACUCGGAAUAGAAAUUCAAUGCAGAAUGACUCAAAUGUAAUGUUAUCUUUAUCACGUGUUACCUGUUCCUCCUGAAAUAUCGACAUAGUCAUUAUAUUCUUACUUUAUCUAUGAUAGACAAAGUUAAUUCAUCCAACGUCUCCAAUACUUUUGAAGACAUCAACGUCAAUAUGUUAAUUUUAAUGUAAUAUCAAGUUUGUGUAAUGGCUGAAUAUUGUUUAACCACGCAUUAUUUAUGGUGCUUCUGCUUUUUACAGUUUCUGUGAAAUGCAGGCUCCAUAACCUUGACCAAUUAGGUGACUCCUUGAUUGUUCCAUCUAUACAACUAUUAUAUAUUUAAUUUUGAAGACAGAGCUACAUUAUACAUAUUUGUAUUCAUGUGUGACUUCAUGUAAAUAUUGUAUGCUACUUGCAAGUUUAAAAGUGACUUAUAGGCCCAUUGGGCCGGGAGUGUUUUGUAUGUAUUUGUAUGACCUAAUUUUGUUAAUCUGUUUACACUUGUCACUAUAAUAAAUAAUUU